GGAGGCUGUUGGAAGGGGAUUCUCUGGAGCUGAGCUGUAGUGCUGGUCCUGCAAAGGUGAUACUGGAGCCAAACCAAGUCGUGGUUUUGGACUGUAACCUGGCCCCUGCGGAGCAGGUGAUCAAUAUCACAUGGAAGAAGAAUGGGUUUCCAUUAGUGGAGCAGGAACAUCUGCACGUGCUUCCGAAUGGAUCACUCUUCAUCUCAUCCCAGGCUGCAGCAAAGGACAGUAAAUACCCCGAGAAGACUGGUGCUGAGGGUAAUUACUCCUGCGUGUCUCAGAGCUCCCUCGGGGCUGUCACCAGUCAAACAGCUGCAGUCAGAUUUUCAACAUUAUCACGCUUUUUCCAACAGCCGGAGUCACAGACAGUGGAAGAAAAUGGCAUGGCCCGGUUUGAGUGUCGCAUCGAAGGACUGCCCUCCCCUCUCAUCACAUGGGAGAAGGACCAUGAAGCUGUUCCAGCAGAACCCAGGUUUAUAACUCUUCCGAAUGGUGUCCUUCAAAUUGUGGAUGUGCAGGAGAGUGAUGCUGGGACUUACCACUGCGUGGCAACCAACGCUGCCCGAAAACGCUACAGCAAUGCUGCAGUCCUCAGUGUUCUCAAAGGUUCCCAGUCAGCAGGAGGAGAUGUCGCCAUCGUUGCUGCUCCUGAGAACACCACGGUGGUGGCCGGGGAGAGCGUGGUGAUGGAGUGCAUGGCAGCUGCUGAUCCCACCCCCUUUGUCUCCUGGAUCCGACAGGAUGGAAAGCCUGUUUCCACGGAUGUGAUUGUGCUGGGCCGGACAAACCUCCUCAUCCCUUCGAGCCAGCCCCAUCACUCGGGGGUGUACGUCUGCCGUGCUAACAAACCCCAGACCAGGCAGUUCGUCACAGCCGCGGCUGAGCUCCGGGUCCUUGCUACACCCAGCAUCUCCCAGGCUCCUGAAACCAUCUCGCGCACCCGCGCCAGCACAGCCCGGUUUGUGUGCAAGGCAGAGGGGGAGCCAGCCCCAACCAUCCAGUGGCUGAAGAACGGGGAGACCAUCCUCUCCAACGGGCGGGUGAAGGUGCAGAGCAGCGGGAGCCUUGUCAUCAAUCAGAUCGGGCUGGAGGAUGCUGGCUACUACCAGUGCGUGGCUGAGAACAGCCUGGGCAUGGCUUGUGCCACUGCCAAGCUCUCGGUGAUCGUGCGGGAGGGUUUGCCCAGCGCUCCCAAGAAGGUGUCAGCCGUGUCCCUCUCCAGCACCACAGUCCUUGUGUCCUGGGAGCGGCCAGAGUACAACAGCGAGCAGAUCAUCGGCUUCUCCUUACAUUACCAGCGGGCUGUGGGAACAGAUAACGUGGAAUACCAGUUUGCUGUCAAUAAUGAUACCACUGAGCUGCAGGUGAAGGACCUAGAACCCAAUACCAACUACGUCUUCUACGUGGUCGCGUAUUCUCAGCUCGGCGCCAGCCGGACGUCCUCUUCCAUCAUUGUUCAGACCCUGGAGGAUGUUCCUAGUGCUGCCCCUCAGCUGUCCCUGUCGAGCAUGACUCCUGGUGACAUCCGUGUGACAUGGCUGCCUCCCCCUCCAGAGCUGAGUAAUGGCAAGAUAACCAAGUACAAGAUAGACUACUGCACCCUCAAGGAAGCAGAUCAGGUAACCUCCAUUGAAGUGGGUGGAAAUGAGACACAAAUCACUCUCUACUCGCUCCAUCCCAACAAAGUGUACAAGGUGCGCAUCGCGGCCAGCACCAGCGUGGGCUACGGGGCCCCUUCCGAGUGGACCCAGCACCGGACUCCUGACAGAGACAACCAGACGCAUGUUCCAUUUGCCCCGACAGAAUUAAAAGUCCGAGCGAAGAUGGAGUCUCUGCUGAUAACGUGGCAGCCCCCAGCCAACCAUGCCCAGAUAUCUGGCUACAAGCUCUACUACCGGGAAGUGGGCCCAGAGGAGUCCAGCGAUGAAAGCCCUUUGGAUGGUGCUGAGGAUGAGAGCUGGGAUGUAGGACCGAUAAAACUAAAGAAGAAAGUGAAGCAGUACGAGCUGACUCGACUAGCUCCUGGGAGACUCUAUGAGGUGAAGCUGGUGGCAUUCAAUAAGCACGAAGAUGGUUAUGCAGCAGUUUGGAAGGGCAAAACAGAAAAGGCACCUGCAGCAGCAGUAGAUCCCCCUGUGCAGAAGGGUCCUCCACUGCCUCCAGUCCAAGUCUAUGCAGAGUCCAACAGCUCAACCUCCAUAUGGCUCAGGUGGAAGAAACCUGACUUCACAACAGUCAAAAUUGUCAACUACACCGUGCGCUUCAGCCCCUGGGGCCUGAAAAAUGCCUCUCUUGUUACCUACUACACGAGCUCGGAUGAAGACAUUCUCAUCAGUGGGUUGAAGCCCUACACCAGGUAUGAGUUUGCUGUGCAGUCCAAUGGUGUUGGCAUCGAUGGGCCCUUCGGCAGCGUGGUGGAGCGGUUCCCCCUGCCCGACCGUCCCUCGACUCCCCCAUCUGACCUGCGGCUGCACCCGCUCAACCCCUAUGCUGUGCAGGUGCACUGGUGCCCCCCUGUUGAGCCCAACGGCAUCAUUGUGGAGUACCUCAUCCUCUAUAACGCCAACAACACGCAGCCGGAUGACAUGUGGACCUUGCUGACACGAGAAGGAAAUAUCUUCAGCACUGAAGUGCAUGGCCUGGAAAGUGAUACCAGAUACUUCUUCAAGAUGGGAGCAAAGACAGUCGUGGGAUCUGGUCCCUACUCAAACGUUAAGGAUGUGCACACCCUCCGGGAGAAGCUGUCAGAUAUUCUGGAUAUCCAUUCUGUCACAGGAAUCAUUGUGGGAGUCUGCUUGGGGCUGCUCUGCAUCCUCUUCUGCAUGUGUGCCAGCUUCCGCAACAGCAAACAGAGGGAGGCCUUGCCAGGCCUGGAUUCCCAGGCAGCUGGCAACCACACUUACUACCACCGGAGCAGGCAAGGGGUGGCAGCUCCCAGUGCCACCUUGGACUCGCAUGAGCUGGAGUCCCUCAUGUCCCCACUCCCAGAGGAUGCACCCGUGGCCCUGGGGGACAUCACAGAACUGACAGAAGUGCACAGCCUCAUCCACACGAGCCUCCCUGAGGACAUUGUCCAUGGGAAGAGGAAGACUUCAUGGAAUAAAUCAGGCAACCAGCCCUGGACCAACAGCAUAGCCAGGUAUGGGGACACGAUCACCAAAGAGCCGCUCUCUGCUGUGAACGGGUCACUGAAGCUCCCCUCCAGUGCUGGACAGAAGCUUUUGCUACAAGCUCUGGUUUAUGAUGCUGUGAUGAAUGAAGCAAAGAAAAGCCACCCUCCAGCCAACCUCCACCAAGUGGAAGCAGAGGUCAUUGUCCAUUCUGAUUUUUCCGCCUCUGACAGAGACUACAACUCCCAGCUGCACACCCUGGAGAGUGAAGAGGCAGAAACCGAGGACCAAGAGCCUGAAGAGCUCCCCUCUGGAGAGGUGGCUCUUCCCAGCUCUCCCGGCACCCAGCAGGACACCAGGCAAGUGGUGGUGGACUGCGCGGGCAGUUCAGAGGUCCAGGCCGAGGACGAGCAGUUAUGUACCGACAGAAAGACUGACAAAACAGGGGCUGUUUGCAUUGGGCUCACCAAUGGCUUCCACAGGCAUGGAGAAAGUCUGGAUUCGGUAGAGAGUGGAGAUUCUGACUCUGUCCAGGAAGGUGAGGGGGAUGUGCAGCCGGUCAAGUGCCAGUCGAUCUCCACAGGCCUGGAGGAGGCCCCCCUCUGUAGUAACUCUGGUUUAACCAGUUCAUCCUCAGCAUCUGAGAACAUGGCGUGUGUCCACAACCAUUAA